AAGCGCCUCAGGUUUUCACCACUGAAGAACGGCUUCGUCAGACCUUGGCACAUCUGCCUCCGCCCUUGCCCCUUCUCUCUCAGAAUUCCGUGACAGCUGCACCUCUCGCCUCCUCAUCUCCACUCCCUGGGCUCAGCAUGACUGCCAUGACUUCCACCCCCCUUAUGGCGCUGGCAAAUAGCUAUCUGGACCUUCUUAAGGGGAGCCCUUCUUUGCAGCCUUUUAGCAGGAAUCUUUCUGUGCAAUCUCCCAGCCACUGGAGUCUGCUCAACAGAAACCUUCCGUUGCUUUUAUCCAGCCCCGGGGGGUCAUUUAACUCCGUAAACUCGCCCAUCCAUGUGACACCGACCCCAUUCAGUUCCAUGGAUCCAUCACUCAAUUGGUUAUCUCCUGCAGACGAACUCCAGAAGUUACAGGCAGCAGCCAGCAUGCUUCACGUGCCACCCGCUUAUGAUUGCAAGGAGUGUAGGAGGAUUUUUUCCCAGCCUGACGCUUUGGGAGGACACAUGUCCAGACAUAGACGAG